GCGGGAAUAGCAUCAGUUCUCUCUAUCUCCCAACACCCAUCCAUCCUAGAUCACUUUGAUUAUACGAUCCAUCACCAACACCCCACCCCACCCCACCCCACCACCAAUCCCCCCCAAACACCAAAAUGUGCUUCACAACCCUCACCGACUCCCUAACCCUCACAAAAUCCAAAUCCAAAUCCAAACACAAAUCCCGCCACUCCCCCUCCCCCUCGCCCUCCCCACGAUGCCGCUCCCCAUCCCCCUGCUCCUCAUGCUCCUCAAACCCCACCAUCUCCAUCCCCGAGACAUCCCUCCGCCGACGACGAGACAGAGAGCCUUACAUCCGCCCCCCACCACGCAGCUACCCAACCCCGCCCCUUCCACGCCGGGAUUCAUACACGACCGUCACGAGAAGGCGGUAUCGGACGAUCGAGGAGACGUUUAUUCCGGUAAGAGUGGCGAGGCCGCCGCCCGUGGUGGUGGAUGUGAGGAGGUAUUGUGAUUGGGAUAGGAUUUGUGGGAGGGAGAGGGUGAGGGAGAGGGUGAGGCCUGGGGUUGAUGUGGAGGAGGUGGAGGUGGAGUGUGUGGGGGUUUUGGAGGAGCCGGUGGAUGUGGAUGUGGAGUGGGUUGUUAGGAGGGGGAGGGACAGGGAGAUGGGGAGGGGGAGGGGAAGAGGGCGAGGGUGUUGGGAGGAGAACGAGGUUGAGGAGGUGGAGGAAGAGGAGGUGGAUAGGAGGGUGAGGGUUGAGUAUAUUCGGGGUAGGUAGGGAGGCACAGUUAGGUGUAUAGGGAGGCAGGGCUGGGUUGAGGACGGGUUAUUGGCUUGUUUCUGGUUGAGAUGAUAAGACUGGUGUUAUGAGUUACUGGUCUAUGCGUGCUUGUGGUUCAUGAUCUUGGUUCUCUCUGAUUACUCGGAUACUAUGUUGGUAGUUGAUAUCCUAUUCUGCAUCACUCGGUUGAAUAAGUAUCCGGAUCUACAGAUAAACUUCUCCCGUCCA